AGUACAGCCGGGGCAUUUAAGGGACGUCACUCAUUUCCCCCAGUGACCUUGACAAGUCAGAAGCUUGAAAGCAGGGAAAUCCGGAUGUCUCAGUUAUGAACUGGAGCAGUGGGAAUCCGAUAUAUUUCCAGAAGUCUCCAUCCAGUCUGGUGAUUGUCUGCCUCCAUUACUACCAGUGACCAUCCAGGGUGCUUCUCUAGUGCAGAAGGGGUUGGCAUAAUGGCCAAAUGCUUCAGCCUGGUGUUGCUUCUUGCCUCCAUCUGGACCACAAGGCUCCUGGUCCAUGCAACUCUCCGUGUAGAAGAACUUUCCAUCUCAGGGCCAUGCAGAAUCGUGGGGGUCACCCUUGUAAACAAAAAGACAAUCCAGCAGCUGAAUUUCACAGAAGCCCAGGAAGCCUGUAGGCUGAUGGGACUAACUUUGGCCAGCAAAGACCAGGUUGAAGCAGCACGGAGGUCUGGCUUUGAGACUUGCAGCUAUGGAUGGGUUGCAGAUAAGCUCUUGGUCAUCCCUCGGAUUCUCCCAAACCCCAAGUGUGGGAAGAAUGGGAUAGGUGUCCUGGUUUGGAGAAAUUCACUCAGCAAAAAGUUCUUGGCCUACUGUUACAACUCAUCUGAUACUUGGAUUAAUUCAUGCAUUCCAGAAAUUAUCACCACCACAGAUCCCAUAUUCAACAUUCAAGAGACAAUAUACACAACAGAAAUGAUAGUCAGUGACAGUACCUACUCAGCUUCAUCUACUGAUGCACCUUACUCUGCUACACCUACUCUUGCUCCUACUUCUGCUCUGGCUUCCACUUCUACUCGACGGAAAAGAAAAUUGAUUUGUGUAACAGAAGCCUUUGUGGAAACUAGCACCGUAUCUACAGAAACUGAGUCAUAUAUUGAAAAUAAAGCAGCAUUCAAGAAUGAGGUCGUUGGGUUUGGAGGUGUCCCCACGGCUCUGCUAGUGCUUGCACUCCUCUUCUUUGCUGCCGCAGCUGGUUUGGCGGUUUGCUACGUCAAAAGGUAUGUGAAGACCUUUCCUUUUACAAACAAGAAUCAGCAGAAGGAAAUGAUUGAAACCAAAGUAGUAAAGGAAGAGAAAGCCGAUGAUAGCAACCCUAAUGAAGAAUCAAAGAAAACUGAUAAAAAGCCAGAAGAGCCCAAGAGUCCAACCAAAACCACAGUGCGAUGCAUGGAAGCUGAAGUUUAAAACAGAAAGAAAUGGGAAGACACAUCUGAGGCUGAUUUCUUUCCUGACACAUAUCCUGGCCCCAGAUGGGGAAACUUAAAGGACAAGAACCAAACAAGAAAGUCCACCCUUGGUUCUUAAAUGGAAUCAACUCAGGACUACCUUUGGACUAUGGAGUUCACCAAAUGGUGAACUUCUUCUGUAAUUCUUUCUGGAUCCUAUCCUCCUACCUCCAAAGCUUCCCACAGCUUUCUAGCCUGACUAUGUCCUAAUAAUAUCUCUGUGGGAUAAAGGAGCUUCACAAAGCACAAGGACCUAAAACAACUAAUCAGAACACAUUUAUAAAGAGGCUUCUCAGUUGGCUGAGCAUAGCUGAGUUGAGAACCAAGAAACCACUGAGACUAAGGCUUUCUCUAUUGAUUCCACAGGCCAGAUCCUUUCUUCAUUCUGAAAAGGUAACACACAUCAUCUGGCAUGCCCUUCUGAGCCAGGCAAGAACAAAAGAAGGAAGGAAAAGUUCAGCAACUGAAGGCCACAGAGAUUCUCAUGACUUGAGACCUGAUCUCUUUGUAAAGGCUAAGUAAGUAGAGAAAAAGAAUGAGGCCAACGAUGUUGCCAGCAUAUGGUCGUUGGUAACUAUAAAUACAGAUAGGGUCAUAGUAGUCAUCUCUGAAUAAUCUGAGUUGGAAUCACUUUUUAGUGAUUUUUUUACUUUUGUAAGGAACAAAAAAAAAAUCUCUUACAAAUUUUUAGUUUUGGGAUCCCUAGGAGGCGCAGCGGUUUGGCGCCUGCCUUCGGCCUAGGGCGCGAUCCUGGAGACCCGGGAUCGAAUCCCACAUCGGGCUCCCAGUGCAUGGAGCCUGCUUCUCCCUCUGCCUGUGUCUCUGCCUCUCUCUCUCUCUCUGUGACUAUCAUAAAUAAAUAAAAAUUAAAAAAUAAAAAAAUAAAAAAAUAAAAAAACAAAUUUUUAGUUUUAUCUGAGAAAUUAUUACUGAGGAAAACUACUGUGUUAAAAAGCAGUAAAAUUUGGCAAACAUUUAUUGAAUAUGUUAGGUGCUGGGAAGGUAUGACAUUCUAUAAUUGAAUGUUAUUUAUCAAAAACUUGCAUAGAGUAAAAUGUAUGAAGCUAAUUUUUUCAAUUUUGAUAUCCCUAGCUUAUCUACUUGGAAAACUAAUUUUUUACUAAGACUAGUCUAUUCAUUAUUUUCUCUAACAUGCGGUCAUUAUAACCUUAAUUUAUUAUUAACAUACCUAAAAAGUAUAUUAUUACCUCUAUACACAAAAGCACACUUUAAAAAUGUCAUUAAUAAAUGUAUCGUCAGUUCUUUUUUCAGCAAGAAGAGCCCAAGAGGUGUAGAGAUUUGUGUUAAAAAAAUAAAAGUAUUUCGAAAAUU